CCAGAUAUUUACUAAUCCAUGUCAGCAACCUUUUCGGUUAAACGCUUCGUGAAUCGGUUGCGGGUUUGUUGACAACGCCGACUCCCAUCUCGCACACACACAUCUAUAGUGCGUGUUUACGUUUCCGAGCGGUUUGUUAUUGUUUCAAGAGAAAAGGCGCCGAAAAGAUUCGCGAAUAGAAGUUUCCACGAUUUUCUCCACUAAACUGCUUGGUGUAGGAUGUUCCUGAUAGUGGAAAUAGUUAAUGAUAAAGGCGAAAAGGAUUGGAAGGUAGCACCCAAGCGAUGGGUGUGCACGUCGAAGAACACCCAGCGACCAGUUCUGUUUUGGCCACAUGAAUUCAGCGCCGAGAGACAAAAUCAGCUCGCAAUAGAAGGAACAUGUAAGCCACUGCAAAGCUGGAUGCGGAGAGAAUGCGUUGUAAAGCAGGAGUUUCCAACUUACGAAGCGGCAAACACCGAACUCCAGGCACUGUUAUCACAAAAUAGCAAUCAGAUAAAGGAAGAACUAGAAGAUCCGUUGAAUGUGGAGGAUCCUGCCUUUGAAUCAUCUGAACCAUCAUAUGCCCCGGGGUCGGAUGAGGAUGCUUCAACGCUAGCAAGUAUCAAAUCAAUGCUGCAAUCGUUGAUAACAAAAAGUGCUCAGAUUGAGAAACAAAACGCUGAUGUAGUUGAGCACAAUAACCUCAUCGAGAGUAUAAUUUGUAUUUUACAAAAGAGGGUUGGUACUGUAGAGAGCAAGUUUACCAAUACUUUAAGUGUACUCAGUCUCGAUAAUUCUUGGUAUAAAACCAAGCAAUUUUCCUUUGAGCCUAUGGAAACCAUCGAACAGCUUACGUUGCUUGAUGUAAGGUUGAACGACAAGUCAUUCAAUACGGAAUUGGUGAAAUGGUUACUUUCUAACGUAGAUGAGGACACUACAAGGAAAAGGAUAAGCAGCUGUAUGGAUUUGCUUUGUACGCUAGAGUUGCAAUCAAAGUUGAAAUGGGCUUGCCUGGUUAGUCUACAUAAUUUUUUGUUGUUGGUAAAAGAAAUUGGGGACACACCUUCAGAACGUAUAACUUUAACUUCAUUGGGACAUAUUUUGAGAUGUCAUCUCAUAUCCUCAAAACAACGGAUUCGUAAUAGUUUAAAUCAUGAUAUUUUUCCAAAGAAGAGAACUAGACCAAUAGAACGAUCAGGAAAUGAUAAUAGUUCAAAGAGAACUUUUGUCUUUAAGCCUAGAGAAACUGCGGAGGAGCUGCGGGAUUUGGAAACGAAACUGAACGAUGAAUCGUUCAACUCGGAACUGCUCCAAUGGUUACUUUUUAAAGUAAAGGACGAUAAUGCACCAUGGAGAAUUAAAAGCUGUUUGGAUUUGCUAUGUUCUUUGGAGCUACAAUCUCAAUUAAGGUGGAGUGGAAUUGGAAAAUCCGUAAAACAUCCCAUAAGUGAACUACCUAAUUUUGUUCAUUUAUUCAAAGUAGUAGGGAAGACACCGUCAGAAGAUGUAACUCAUCAAGGAUUAGCUCAAUGUUUUAUGAAUCACCUGAAAAAUUCAAAGCAGCGGUAUCUUUUGAGUUUAAAUCGAAAGCGCCACUGCAAAUGGAAGAAAUUUACAAAAAAAAGGAAACCGAAUGGUGUCGCUAGCGAGGAGGCGAAUUCUUCGAUUGCAUCAAAUGAAAACUCAAAUAAUGAGAUAAAAAUUCCUUAGCUAAAGAGAAAAACUCAAUUAAAUAUAUAAUCUGAUAGGAUAGUAAGACUCCUAUAGAUACAACAUCCACUCGGCGCUGCUAAGCGAUAACAGGGGCGACUGGAUGUUCUGUGCUAAUAGGGAAAUCCUUCGCUUGAUAUGGAAAAUGAUUUUAAGAAAUAACCUAAUCCUUUGUCAUCUAAGUAAUAUGUUGUAAUUGAAUAGUGAAUUUCAAAAUAUUGCUUACUCUCUAUCCAACAAAGGUAUUCAUGUCAGCGUGAUGAACCUUUCCCCUUCACAAAACUAUAUGAAGAGCAUUGAAAAGAGAUUUUUAAAUUUCAUUGAGAUAGUGCUUUUGCUUGUUA